CCCGCGCGCGCCACCGAGGGCUCCGCCGGCCACGCCCACCCCAACCGGCCGCGCGCCGCCGCGCUGGCCCCGGGCCCCGCGCCCGCACCCGCGCCCGCGCCCGCGCCGCCACUGCGCUUCAGCCUCAGCUUCGGCCUCAGCCCGCCGCAGAGGGACGCGGAGCCCGGCGCUGAGCCCUGCGCGCGCGCCUGCCGGUCCUACCUGGACGAACGCGAGGCGUUCUGCGAGAGCGAAUUCGCGGUGAACGGGAUCGUGCACGAUGUGGACGUGCUGGGCGCGGGCAUCCGGCUGGUGACCCUGCUGGUGGAUCGGGACGGGCUGUACAAGAUGAACCGCCUGUACCUCACCCCCGACGGCUUCUUCUUCCGAGUCCACAUGUUAGCCCUGGACUCCUCCAGCUGCAAUAAGCCGUGUCCAGAGUUUAAACCUGGCAGCAGGUAUAUUGUGAUGGGCCACAUCUACCAUAAGAGACGGCAGCUCCCUACAGCUCUGCUCCAGGUCCUGAGAGGCCGCCUCCGUCCAGGGGAUGGACUGCUAAGGAGCAGCAGCUAUGUGAAAAGGUUUAACCGAAAAAGGGAAGGGCAAAUUCAAGGUGCAAUUCAUACCCAAUGCAUUUGAAACAACCAUCCUGGCAUUUCUGGACCACAAGAGACAUCGGCAACAAGACAUGAGAGGUCUAUCUUCAUGUAAUGGGUCCUCCUUUAGAAGAGAGCCCACAGCUACUCUCUGAAUGACUUGCAUAGUUGCAACUGUAAUCUCGAAGGUGUCACUUUGUUAUUUACAAGAUGCUUCUUAAAUGGGCUGCUCCUGAGCUUAGUGUCAAGGUGAUUCAACUGUAGUGCCAGACAAUGAUUUACACAGCUCAGAUAAUUGACCUAUCCAGUUAACAGAUCACUGCUUCAUAAGUUUUUAAAUUAUUUUAAUUUAAUAUUCUUUAGUAGAAAUAGUCCAUACAAACAUUUUCUUGAAUUUAAAUAUACAACUUUUAUAUCAUGUAUCAAACCAGAUUUUAUAUUCAAACUAUCACAUUUUAAAUUUUGUACAUAACAGUAAGCUCAUUAGUCAAAAGACAUUUAUGUUUGAAAUGUCAUUUACAUCAAACACAAGGGUCAAAGCCCAGGACAAGUAUUAAAGUUUUACGCUUAAAGAGUACUAAAGGGCCAGUGUGCAGAUGGAUGGAUUAAAAAAAUAAAAUAAAAAAUAGUACUAAAGGCAAAAAUGUUCCUGAUGUACCAAAAAGCAAGAUAUAGUUUAUUUUCAUGCUUCCCUGCACCUAAUAAUGUAUGAUUUGUGCUGAACUGGCAGCUAUCCCAAUGUGAAAUGUGUUCUGGAUGUAUCUGAUGUCACUUUUCUAUUAAGACCAAGUAUAAUGUUUGUUUGUAAAGCAAUAAAUCUUGCCUUGAAAUCAGA